ACUACAAGUUACGGUUCCGCAUUGAUGCGUAAUGCAUAACAGGCGAACCGCGUUAUCACCAACCACAACAUUUUUGCUGUACACUGGCAGUCACGACAUCAUGAUGGAUGGCUGGGUUGAUUACGUUCAUUUCUCAUUCAUCGGUGAACAUAUCCUCUUGAGUUCUCUGCGCCUAAACACCGUCUGGGAAUUUUUCCUCGGCGUCCUCCUGACUUCUGUCAUAUGUCUGUCUGAGAGAUUCUUGUCGUUUGCUAUUAGCAGGCAUUGGGGUCCUCAUUUCAUUGGUCGUUCGCGAUUAGCAAAAGCAGUAUGGAGAACAGUGUUAUACGGUGUUGCAACAACACUUAGACUAACUUACAUGCUUAUUGCCAUGUCAUACCAAGUGGGUCUCAUCCUUGCCGUUGUCGUCAUGUUGUCAGUCGGACAAUUCUUCCUCGAGUACGUUGAUGCUGCCCCAGGAAAGUCAGCCACCUAUGAUAAGCUUAGAGAUCUUCCCCUGGACUCUGAGAGUGAGGACGACUCAUACAAUAUGUCCACACGAUCGUGGCAGCCCAGAACACGCCGAAUGAAGUCAAAACCAGAGGCUAUUCUCAUCCACCCCGGUGACUCUAACCUCGCCCGCGCCGAUGCUGCGGCGCAGGAGCUUGGCAUAGCUGGUGACACCGAGCGAGUGAAAGCUAAUCGCUAUCCUGUUGACCAGGAUGCUUGGGAGUAUGGGAAGGGUAGAGACGUAGCUCGACAAUUACUUGGAAGCACAGCACGACGUCCCCGGUCCCCGCAAGAUCAUCCCAUGCCUCAUAUUUCCGAUGGGUGUUGAGCGCUCGAGCCUCAAGAGUUCAGAACUUGUAGCACGUCAGAUUG